UUCAAUUUUAUUUCGUUCUCCGUCGAGUGCAGACAACAACACCGCGCCACAACAGAGGGUCGCUUCAGAAGUCGCGCGUCGCGUCUUUUGGUCUUUAUUUCGUUCUGUUGGGUUCUCCAUUGAUUUGGUUUAUCCGUUUCGUUACUUCGUUUUCGUUUCGUUUUGCGUUUGUUUGCGUUCUUCGUCAUCGUUAUCGUCGGUUUCCGUUUCGGAUUUCCUUUUUUGACUUUGUGUUUCCCACGUUUCCCAAAAGGGGAUUAGUAUUAAACCCCCCCAAAAAGUACCGAUAACUUCACAGAGGCUGAUUUGGAGCAACUCGAGAAGUUCAGGAAGCAGUAAAAGUGAUUUAUUUCUUUCGUUUGACCUGGAACUGUGAAAGUGAAAAACUGUCCGAAGAAACGCAACUUCAAGAAAAACCUGAAAUGCACCACUGUGUUAUGUAAAACGCUCGUCUAAACAUUCGAAAACUGAUACGGGAAGCUGAAAAAAAAAUCAAAUUUAAAAUUAAAAUUCGCUCUUUGAAGCCGCGCGUGGAAUGAAAAGUGCAAAUAUACGUACCAAAAAACAUACGUUUAAUUUAAGGAGCCAACAGCGAAAAGAGAGAGAGGAGCGAAAUAUUUUAUGCCCCGAACCCUAACUAAAUAUAGACCCCGGUCGGUUAUUACUUUUGUUCUAAAAAGUUGUUUAUUAUUGUAGAUAAGGAACUUUACAACUCGAUUUUCGGACUAACUUCAACGAACGUCCAAAAAAUAAGAAAAAACUAACACGACAAAGUAGGAGAGCAAUCUUUCGUUACUGCAGCUGCAAAACGUGAGCCGGGAAAUUUAUUGCCAGAAGCUGCUGCCGGUGAAUAAUUUCAUCCCUCUUACAGCGAGUGACAGAGUUUUUCAGCAAGAAAUCGCUCGACUAUCAUCAGUAUUACUUAAUAUAUAAGUCACUUUGUGCAUAGGCAAAGAAGUUCUAAGGACAGGAACAAGAAAUCCCAUAAAUUACGUUCAACAUUUACCAGUGCUCGUCACGCCCGAAUUAGAUUCUGACGAAUUUUUGAAACAAGCUAACACAAGUCAACCCAUAAUUCCGGUCAUGAUGGCAAACGGAAUCAGUGAAAGCAGUACUCAGCAGCAGAAUGGUGGAGGAGGCAACUGCGGAGGUGGCCAGGAGGAUUCCAAGACCAACCUGAUCGUCAACUAUCUGCCGCAGCAAAUGACCCAGGAGGAGAUUCGAUCGUUGUUCUCGAGCAUCGGUGAGGUGGAGAGUUGCAAACUGAUAAGGGACAAAGUUACAGGUCAAAGCCUAGGUUAUGGUUUCGUGAACUACCAGCGAGUGGAAGAUGCCAGCAAAGCGAUUAACACCCUCAACGGCCUAAGAUUGCAAAACAAGCAGAUUAAGGUAUCAUUUGCCCGACCAAGUUCCGAAGCCAUCAAGGGUGCCAACUUGUAUGUAUCCGGUCUACCGAAGAAUAUGUUACAGGCGGAUCUGGAAUCACUGUUUAGUCCCUUUGGUCGAAUUAUCACUUCCCGCAUUCUGUGCGACAACAUAACAGGACUUUCCAAAGGUGUUGGAUUCAUUCGGUUCGAUCAACGAAUCGAAGCCGAGAAGGCCAUCAAAGAACUGAACGGUACGAUUCCAAAGGGUUCUUCCGAACCGAUUACUGUUAAGUUUGCCAACAAUCCGAGCUCGACGAAAACGGUGCUUCCCCUGGCGGCGUAUUUGGGUCCUCAAGCGGCAAGACGGUUUCCGGGACCGAUUCAUCAUCCAACGGGACGUUAUAGGUAUGUUCAUGGUCCAAAAAGAAGUAGAUCCCGUGCUAAUGUUUUUCAUGUCGGGGUCAGUGCUGUUCCGAAUUACAGGUACUCGCCGCUAACGGGGGAUCUGCUGGCCAAUGCUAUGAUUCCGACAAACGCCAUCGCCAAUGGGUCGGGAUGGUGCAUCUUCGUCUACAAUCUGGCGCCGGAAACGGAGGAGAACGUUCUGUGGCAGCUGUUCGGACCAUUCGGGGCCGUUCAAUCGGUUAAGGUGAUUAAGGACCUUCAGACUAAUAAGUGCAAAGGCUUCGGCUUUGUGACGAUGACCAACUACGACGAGGCCGUGGUAGCCAUCCAAUCGCUCAACGGCUACACCCUCGGCAACCGGGUCCUGCAGGUUAGCUUCAAAACGAACAAAUCGAAAAACUCGUAAAUCGCGACAUCGGAUUCCUCAAAGACAACGAACGAUACCAAGGAAGAGGAAGCCGCCAUUUUAUAUGUGAGGAGAGGGAUAUUUACUACUACUAUUGGUUAAGUUUGAUAACAACUUUGUCUCAGUAUUCGGAUCUUAGAAAGUAGGAUGGGAAACAGUUGAUAGGAGAAAAGAGAAGAAAUCAUCCAAGAACAUAGAAACAAACAAGAUCCUUCAAGCAAAAAGUGAUCAUACGAUGAAAGUAAACGCAAUUCCAACUUUUUCGAAAAAAUAACGAUACAAACAAAGAGCGAUUGUAUUCGCCAACAAGACUCCGCAUCUGAUUACGAAACGUUUUCUUAAAAAACGAACCAGUUAACCAGAAGAGGAUCCAUUUAGAUUAAAAAAAGCGGGAACGAAACUGUUUUUUGAAAUAUUUUUUUGCUAAGGACAGAUUUUUUAUAAACCUAUUUUAAAUGUACGAAUCAAGCCAGUGGAGAUGCAUGAGAAGCCCGAGAGGUGUUAAGUUUUUUCUUACUCUAUGCACGCCUAAACAGUAUACAACAAAGGAUUGACGACCGAUUUUUAGCAAAGCCGAUGAUAGUGCUUUUUAAUUUUUGAUAGUAUAUUCAAUCAACGUUCUUCGGAGUUUUUGUUUUCCCACAGUUAGGUAGUUUUGCGUUCGUUGAGUUUGUUAGGAUUAGGUUUUGGUUUCGUUUCGUUUCGCGGAUUGUUUUUCGAGGAUUUCUUUGUCUUGUAUCUUGUUUUCUUAUUUGUUUGAUUUACUAAUACUUUGGAUAGCAGUCUAUCCAUUGUUCGGUUUUAGUUUAAGUUUGAUUUUGUAAAAGUUCAUUUAUAUACCAAAUAAUAAAGAAAAAAUGAACCUGAGUACAUCUAAGUCAAGGAACAAACCAAAAAUAGGUUGCAAUUGAUCGAACCAAUUCUAGUCUUUAUCAAAGUUACAAAACGUCAUGUUUUAAUUAACCAUUGUAUUUAUGCUUGAGCUGACUUAUUUGUAUCGAUUAUAAGAACGUAGAUGCGCCGCUAAGUACGCUUUGUUUUGUACGAUUCACUUUGUGUCAACCUAAGUUUAUUCUGCACUUUUGAUGUCUUACUUAAUUAUUCAACUAUUAUUAUCGUUCUUAUUCUACCAUAAUUUAUUAUGACAACAACAACCCCUUUAUACUUGAUUAUAAAAUUACCAUUAUCGUUAUCGUGUAGGAUGUAUCGUUUACGUUCUUGUACACACACUAUUCAUUGAAAGGCAAAUAAAGGACAGAAAGUCGGGCUACGAGCGUUUUGUUUUUA